AUGUUCCAAAGUCACGCGACGUUGUAUUGUCGAAAUUGACAGAAGCAGGAAAAGAAAAUGCUGGAGCCGACAUCGGUGGUCGUUGAAAAAACAGUAAUAUUUGUCGCAUUUCUUGUCACUAUUGUCGUCAAUUCCACUCUUAUUUAUUUUACAAUAUUCUUCAAAAAGCGAUAUUUCGGAAGAUACAAACAUCUUCUGAUCAUAUUCGCAAGUUGCGGUAUCAUUUUUGCAACGCUUGAUUUCCUAUUUUUUCCGAGUGUUUACACCUAUCGAAUCGGUUUUGUUUAUUUUUCCCUAUAUUCAUAUAUUUCGUUGCCUCUCGACAUUAUCGAAAUGUUUCUCGCCGCUUAUUCCGGCUGGUAUACCGUCAUUCUUUCAUGGCUUUCCGUUCAAUUCAUUUAUCGAUAUUGGGUCCUAUUCAAUAAUCCAUAUCUACGAUUUUAUUUUGGCUACAAAUUCGGUUUCUGGAUAGCAUAUGUAUUGAUAUUUGGAAUGAUUACUGGAUUCUCAGUAUACUUUUUUGGGCUGGUCGAUGAUUAUACGUUGAAAUAUAUGGAAUUGCCCUAUUUCGAACACUACGACGUCGAUAUUCAUACGAUUCCCCGAUUAAUCGCGGUGGUCUAUGAGUAUCCUGAUGGUAAAACCGAGGUUAUUCGAUGGAGAAAUCUCUUAUUCAUAAUUGACGUAUUAGGCGUUAUAUGCUUCCAAUACAUCAUUAUAGUAUAUUGCGCCACGAAAAUGAGCAGCAAAAUGCAGGAAAAAGUUAAAAUGUUUUCGAAAACUCUUCAUAAUCUCAAUCAUCAAAUUUUCAUUUUCAAUGUGCUCAUUUUACAGAUAUCCGGUCCAACAAUUUUUCUAUUUGUUCCAUUAUUCAUCAAUCUGUUAAUUCCGAUAUUCGACACAGAAAUCAAUGCACCCACAGGCGCCCUGAUCAGCUCAUUCUCGAUAUUUCCCUGUUUCGAUGGCCUAGUUGUCAUGUGCAUUAUCACCGAAUAUCACAAGAAUAUUCGAAAUUCGUUUAAGGCAAUUCAACGACUUUUUCAAACAAAUGUGGCGACAUCAAAAGGAACGGAAUCUAGAUCAUAG